UCCUACUAGGCGCCCUGUUCCCAUUGUGUGAGAGAUAGUAAAUACUGACACUGCUAGAAAACCAUAACAUUUAUUUCCUUGAGAAAAAACGUGUAUAUUCACGUCAGGUGAUAACUAACUCGUCAUGGCUCGUACCAAGCAGACCGCCCGUAAAUCCACUGGAGGAAAGGCUCCACGUAAGCAGCUGGCCACCAAGGCUGCCCGCAAGAGUGCACCGUCUACUGGUGGGGUCAAGAAGCCCCAUCGUUACAGACCCGGCACAGUGGCCCUGCGUGAGAUCCGUCGGUACCAGAAGUCCACUGAGCUGCUGAUCCGCAAGCUGCCCUUCCAGCGCCUGGUGAGGGAGAUCGCUCAGGACUUCAAGACCGACCUGCGCUUCCAGAGCGCUGCCAUCGGAGCCCUGCAGGAGGCCAGCGAGGCAUACCUGGUGGGUCUGUUUGAGGACACCAACCUGUGUGCCAUCCAUGCCAAGCGUGUCACCAUCAUGCCCAAAGACAUCCAGCUGGCACGUCGUAUCCGCGGGGAGCGCGCUUAGCCCACCCUCCUUUAUUUUUUCUCUUUAAUAUUUCACAUUCUAUUCUCUUUUUUUUCUUUACCUCUCACUGUCCUCACCCUCACUCCCUCAUUCGCCCCGCCCUUCCAUCUCAUCCCCCCAGCCCCCUCUCCCUGUUUUCUUCUUGGUAGACUUUAGAGUAAUCGUGAUUAUGAUGAGAGAAACGUGUUGAAAAGUCUUGUCUCUCAUAGUUUUUGUCUUCAGCAGAUGUUUUAGGGUACCUUUUUCAUGCAUGUCGUAGGUGUCGCUGAUCAGACACACACACACACACAAGCAUGUGUGAACCAUGCGUCCUCAGCUCUCAUACAAUAAAAGUCACUCACACACAGGUGGGCAGACCAGAAGGGCGUCGCCCGGGGGCUAGUCUGCAUAAAGGGAGUGGCAACUUCCACAGCAGGGUGCUACUAAAACUAACCCCAGGUCUGUGUGUGUGUGUGCGUGUGUGUGCAUGUGUGUGAGCUCUGAUCAGCCAAAGAAAUUGUAUUCAACAGCAAACAAGUAUCUCUUCUUGGUUACUUAAAAAUAAUUGAUGAUUACUAUCAUUGUGGAUAUGGUGUCUAUUUUAAAAAUAUAUAUAAUUCAUACAUAUACACAUCUUUUCUUUAGACUACUGCCAGAGACAUCAAAAUAAUAAGAAGAAACUAAGUGAUUGACGUUUGGCAAACUUCUGUUUUUACAGAAUUAUUUUAAAACCAAUCAGAAAGAACUUCUCGGUGUCAUAAGAGCUACUGUUCUAAUGGCAGCCACAUGGGGGUGAUAUAUACCAGCCCCCCUCCUAUUUAGUUUCUUCUCACUAUCAAGCUAUCAUUAUCCAUGAUACUACUCUCAAUCUCUUUACCCUAUCUCCUUCUCUUAAGAUUAGUUGUGUUCGGCAUUAGAGUUGUCAUACCAGUAUGAGUUGACUUUGUAGUAGCGAGAGUUACUCUUCAAGUUUGGGUUAUUUUCUGACUUCUUUCUCUCACUUCCUUUGUAUAUUGAACCAAAAUAUAAACACAACAUGCAACAAUUUCAA